UGCACGUGUCUUUUCGUGUGUCCGGGGCUCGUUCACUUUGAGCUCCGUUUCUCUUCCUUCCCUUCCCCCUUUCACGCCUCGACCGCCUUCGAUUCUUGAUUCUUGAUUCUUUAAAUCGAUGCUUGGUUGUUCCCACAAGAGAGGAAUCCCACGAUGUCCCUCCUCCAAUUCGCCUUCCCCUCAGCCUCCUUCGCCGCUCCCAUCCCCCAUCCCAAGCGCAAACCCAAUGCUACUAGCCCCACCUUCUCUCUCCUCAACGGCAUCACCGCCCGUUCCGGGAGACCCGAUCCCUUAUUAAGAGUGGUCUUUCCGUCGUGGUCUUCGAGGAGGCAGCGGAGGCAAUGCCGCGGGGUCGUCUGCUACAGCGCGCCGGUCAGCCCCCAGACGCUGCAGUGGGUUUCGGCCGUCUCCGCCGCGGUAUUAAUGCUGGUUAAAGGCACUACUAUCCAAAAAUCAUUUCUUGUUCCUCUGUUUGCACUGCAAGCACCUGCAAGUGUCAUCUCAUGGAUUAAAGGUGAAUAUGGAACAUGGACUGUUUUUUUGGCGUUGCUGCUCCGUUUAUUCUACUUCAUUCCAGGAGAACUGGUUUUGCCCUUCUUAACAAUGCUGCUUGUGAUAGUUGCUCCUUAUCAAACUAUGAACCUUAGAGGAACUCAAGCUGGUACAAUUAUGUCCUUGGCAAUUGCCGGGUUUUUGGCUUACCAACAUUUCUCAAGGAUUGGAAGCUUGAGAAGGGCAUUUGAUCAAGGAUCAAUCGUUGCAACCUUGGCUGUCAUCUUCACUUCUAUUGUUCCAUGCUUGUUUUUGUUAUGACCCUAUUUGCAUGAAGAAGCCUCCAAGUAGAUGUGAAAAUGAAAAGUCUGUUGAAGAAGACUUGACCUCUUCUAGCUUUCUGAUUAAAGGUUCCGGAAGUAAGAUUUUUGAUGAUAUAUGUUGGGACAAGUGCAACAUUACUUGUAAGUUCGUAAAUCUUUAAGAGUUACAAAACUAGUGGUAGAAUCUGUAUAUACAAUGAUAUAUGUUGGAACAAGGACACCAUUACAAACAUUUUCAUAAAAAUUUCAAGAUAGUGUCUUGAAUUUAUUA